GCCGUGCGCGGCCCUCACCACGGAUCAAACUGGCUGGCGGGCUAUCUCUUGGAGCUAAUCUUCCUCACAGAGAACGUGUUCGUCUUCCACGCCAUCGCAGAGGCCUUCCAGCUUUCGCGGGCCGCAGUAUCGGGCUGCCUGACUGUGGUGGCUUGGGGUCAGGUCCUCUUCGAUGCCGUCUUCUUCAUGGGCCUGGCCGAGUGGCUCAGAUCCUGGAUACUGCUGCCAUACCUCCUGGGCUCCUGGCUUGUUUGCCUCGGUCUCUACGUGCUGAGCCACUCGCACGAGGAGCCUGUGUUGGAGGCAGGUGCUUCUCCCACAGGCAGUCCCUGCAGCUCGGAGAGGUCCGCAAGUCCUGCCGCGGAUAUGGUGAGGAAUGUUACGGGCAACCGCAUUGCCGUGGACAUGCCGCAAGAAACAGGAUGCUUCGUCGUAAAGGCUUACGAGCACCUGAAAGUGUCGGUGCUCGAUGUGGCUACGGCGACUCUUCUGCUGGCCGACUUCAUGUUGGACAUUGACGUCGUUCUGACGAAAAUCGAAGAGAUUCCAAACUCCUACCUGGCCUUCAGUUCCUCUGCCAUGGCGGCAUUUCUGAUCCCGGAGCUUUUCGCCUUGAGCCAAGACAUGCUGACUUGCUUCCCGCUCCUGCACUAUGGCAUCGGCGUGGUUCUUUGCUUCUUCGGCCUGCAGAUGCUCUUUGCCUGGGCUUACGAGAUCCAGCCGCUGGUGGCCUGCUGUGUGGUGGUGGCAAUCCUUGCCGGCUGUGUAGCCAUCGACUUCUUGCGGAAGUGGUGUGUGCAAGCAGGAUCCGCAAGACAAGUCCUGGUGAGUAGUGGGCAAAACUGA